AGCGUUUCCAAGAUAACUCUCUCGAGAUACUUCAUCUCUAAGGUAUCUUGGAAAGUGCAAGGCCUAUCGGAGCCUUUAAAUAUUUCAUUAAGCUCUUCUAUUACUCGAUCCUAUAAGCAAUAAUGUAUGUACUUAAAAUUAAAUAAAAAUGAGUAAAUUCUAACAUCCAAAUGAAUGGUUUGUUUGUAAAAUAUAAAAUUUCUCUGAAAAAAAGCCAUCUAAAAAGCAUGGACUGAAAGCGUAUCAAUUUCUUGUUGUCGCUUACUGUCAUUUGUUAUUCAAAAUGCGUAAUUAGCAAACAAAGUCCAGGUAACCGGUUCUGUGUUUUUAAUAUAAAGUUUUUCAAAUGAACAACAGUACAAUAGUCGAUAAUGGGUGAUGCUAAUAAUGGUAAAAGCCUUUUUAAAAAAAUGUGCGAACAAUGCCAUACAUCUGAACAAGGUGGAAAAUCUAAAAUAGGUCCUAACCUUUUCGGCAUUUUUGGAAAAACAUGUGGAUCUCGUGAAGGCUUCAAAUUUUCCGAUCACAUGAAAAACAAAAAAGUUAGUUGGGAUGAAACAAGUAUGGAUGAAUAUUUGCAAAAUCCAAAAAAGUUUGUACCCGGAACGAAAAUGGCUUUUGCUGGAGUGAAGAAGCCAGAAGACCGAAAAGAUAUAAUUGCCUAUUUGAAAACAUUGAAAUAAAAUACCUGUACGUCUUGAUGAAUUCCAAGUACGCAAAGUACAAAGCUUGAGCCAGCAGCAGUAGUAUCAUGACCCUUGAAUUUUAAAAGAAACCUGAUUAUGACACAUCAAUGAAAUAAUAAAAUAAUAUUUUAAAAUAUAUAUGUACUAACCUCAAACAUGAUCGUGUCAACUUCCUCUUUAAUCUCUUCGUCGGUAAGCUGCUCUCCAUUUUUUCUCAUUUCCAACAUUAAGUCUAAAAAGGCAAGUCUCCU